GCGAGAGGGACGCAGACAGGUAGAGGAGCAGGGCCAGAUGUUUCUUUCACCCUCCUCGCUUUCUUGAUGAGGGAACGGAGGACAAAGUAAGAAAAAAGAGAGGCUGAAGGAGCCAUCCUUAAACCCCUGUAUGAUGGCCUUCCUGCAGCAAAUGCGUUCCCCUCGCCUUUCCUUUAUCCAGACGGUCGUGUCUCUCUUCCUGGGAGGCACUGCCCUCCUGUCCUCCUACUGGUGUGUGGGUAAACAGAAGGUGCCCAAGCCGCUCUGUUCGCCCGUCAAGCGCAGCAACUGCAUCCCCGUUCCCGGCCUCUCCAACUCCUCAAACAUCCAGUUCUCCUGGGAGACGGGGGACGACCGCUUUGUCUUCCCCACCUUUCACACUGGCCUGUUCAUCACCUGUGAGGAAAACAUCUACACAGACGCAUGGGAGGAAAAGUGUCGAGGAUUUUACACUUUGACUCCGGGAUCUGAAAAAGCAAUGAUGUGGCUGUCACUAUCACUGGAGCUCAUGUACAUAGGCCUGCUGUUGAUCAGCUGCAUGCUGCUCUCUGUGCAGUUGUGUAUCAGGGCCUGGUUCCCCUCCACCCAACGCUGGGGCCAGCUGCUCAAUGCUUUUGCUGCUGUCUUCACAGUCCUGGGAGGUCUGCUUGGGAUGGUGGGUCACAUGAUGUUCAUGCAGGUGUUUCAGACCACUGUCUCGAUGGGGCCAGAGGAUUUCAAACCUCACAGCUAUGGCUACUCCUGGGCUUUCUAUGUGGCCUGGUUUGCCUUUACUGUCUGCAUGUCAGCCGGUGUCUCCACUCUCAACAACUACACCAAGAAGGUCCUGAUGGUGGGACCCAGGCGUAACUCUGGCCUCAACCCGUGCAGCUUUAACUUUGUGGGGCUUCUGCCACCUGCUCCUUACUACACCCCUCCAAACCCAGCCAUGACCCUGGCCUGUCCCCCGUCUCCGCCCCGGAUUUCCCACCUGUCUCCCUACUAUGAGCCCCCAUCAGCGACGUUACCGCCCACCACUCCGAGGCUCACGCACUCUCACUCCCUUCCUCUCCCCCACUCUGACUCCUUCCCUCCUCCCCCUGCCCAUCCUGCUCCUGCAUCCCCAUUCCACCGCUUGUCGACCCUGCCGGGACACCAUGAGAACCGUUAUGAACCAGAGGAGGACUACAGCCCACUUUGA